AUGACUUACGACAAGGAGAAACAAUUGAGCGAGGAAUGCGAAUUCGUUGACUCACCAGAAGAGUAUGCCCAGCUAAGACGUGUCUGUGACGAUAUAUCGGUGGAUGUUUUCCUCGUAGCCGUGGCCGAACUGGCAGAGCGGUUCACUUACCGCUCCAUAACGGCCCCUAUGCAAAACUAUAUCCAGAACCCUCGUGAAGAUCCUUUCCGUCCAGGGGCGCUGGGCAUGGGCCAAACAGCUGCCACUGGAAUCAACUAUUUCUUUGUAUGCUGGUGCUACAUGGCACCUAUUCUGGGUGCCGUUGUGGCAGACACCUUUCUUGGGAGAUUCAAGACCAUCGUACUGGCCACUGGUUUUGCCGCAUCGGGGGUAAUGACUCUAUUUGUCACGUCACUGCCGGGCAGUCUUGAUCGUGGAGCCGGCAUGCCCGGCCUGAUGAUUGCAUUGAUAUUGGUUGGAUUAGGUGUCGGUGGGAUCAAGAGUAAUGUUGCGCCGCUCAUUGCUGAGCAAUACGGUGCACGGCCUGAGCGUGUUAAGACGCUACCUAGUGGAGAAAAGGUAGUGGUGGAUCCAAGUAUCACCGUCCAGACGAUCUAUGCCCGUUACUUCUGGGUGAUCAACCUUGGUGGACUCUCCGUCAUUCCAGUAUCGUGGCUUGAACUCAAGGUGGAUUUCUGGGCGGCUUUUAUGCUCCCCCUCUGUUUCUGGGUCUUGGCAAUGGUUGCUCUGAUUGCCGGGCUUGUUCGCCCGCCCCAAGGAUCAGCCAUCACGACCGCCAUUCGCGUUCUCUGGAUCAGCUUAAGGAACGGAGGAAAGCUCGAUGCCGCCAGACCUUAUGCCUUGGAAAAAAGUGGAAGUCCUGUACCGUGGGACGAUGUCUUUGUAGAUGAAUUGAAGCGCGCUCUGGUCGCAUGCCGAGUGUUCCUCAUGUUUCCCAUCUUCUGGCUCUGUAACGGUCAGGCCACGAGCAACCUAGUCAGCCAAGCGAUGUCGAUGAACACCCACGGCGUCCCAAACGACAUGAUGGGUUUCUGCAAUCCCGCGACCAUUCUCAUCGCAGUUCCGCUCUUUGAGACGGUCAUCUUUCCGAUGCUGCGUCGAUUCAACAUACGCUUCAAACCCAUCAGCCGUAUGACGACGGGGUUCUUCAUCAAAGCCUGCGCCAUCGCAUACGCAGCGAUCCUCCAGGAGCUCAUUUAUAGAGCAUCCCCCUGUCAACGUAGUCCCGAAAUAGAAGGCUGUGGCGAGACCCGCCGCGGCGAGAAAAUCAGCAUCUUUCUGCAAGUGCCCGUAUAUUCGAUGAUCGGUCUGUCUGAGUUCUUUGCCGUCUUGUCCGGCAUGGAAUACGCAUAUACCAAAGCACCCCAGUCCAUGCGCAGUAUCGUCUCCGCCUUGUUCCUGCUGAUGUCCGCCAUCGGAGCUGCCCUGGGCAUCACACUCUCCCCGGUCUCAGUCGACCCCACAGUCUUGAUAGAGUUCAUCUCCUUGAGCGCGGUUAUGUUCGUCACAGCGAUCGCCUUCUUCCUCUGCUUCCGGCGCUACAAUCGCGCGGAAGAAGAGAUGAACAAACUCCAAGAGCCGCGGAGCUCAAGCGAGACAGACGAAUCCAGUCGGUUAGAGAGGCAAUAA